AUGUUUAACACUAAAGCUGGUGUAGAGAAACUAGCACAUGCUUCAAUGUGGAUCAUGGACGGAACCUUCAAAACUGUCCCCAUGAUUUUUUAUCAACUUUACACAAUUCAUGCCCCUGUUUGCUCAGAUACCUCUAGAACAUAUCCGCUAGCAUAUAUUCUAAUGACAGGAAAAAGUGAGUCACUCUAUAAACGGUUAUUUGAAGACUUGGUGGACUUUGCAGACGAGAAUGGAUUGUGUUUAAACCCUCGAAUCAUAAUGACAGAUCAAGAGUUAAGUGUAAUCAAAGCCACAAAAAGUGAAUUUGAAGUGGUUACCAAUAAAGUUUGUUUUUUCCACUUUGGCCAGUGCAUUUGGCGCAGACUUCAGUCAAGUGGAUUGGCUAUACGAUAUGGUAACGACGAAAAUUUCAGUCUAAAACUACGUCAUUUGUUUGCAUUAGCAUUCCUUCCAUCUGCUGAAAUACCAGGAGCUUUCGUUGAACUGAAACUGCAUCUGCCUGAUGAAGCUCAUGAAGUUGUCGAUUGGUUUGAAACUAAUUAUGUGCAUGGCAGAAUAAGAAAAUAUCUGCGCAACGGUGUAGCUGUUCGAUCGCCUCCAUUGUUUCCACCAAAUUUGUGGUCUGUAUGA